GGCCUAAAAAAUGAGAAAGUCGAAAUAAACAAAUCCUUCUUUAUUAAACAUCAACUUCAUAAAUACACUUUCUUAUAUCUUCCUUCCUGCACUUCACAUCACAACACUUCUGUACAUUCACCACACAACACACGUACACCAAAAAUCUAAAUCGAAAAAAAAAAAAAGUCUCAAAAGGUUGCCAAAAGGAUUUCUUUGUUCCUCUUCUGUUCUCUUCUCUUCCCGAAUUCCCUACCGUUUGCUCCUUUCCACCACCCAAUUGCCCAAUUGCUUUCAGAUUGGCAUUUCGUUUUUCUACAUUCCCCAUCGACUAAUCCGCCUUUUUACAAAUACUAUACUUCACUUCCUUAAUUGGCUUGAUUGCAUUUCCCGUUCCUCCUCUCACAAGAUUACCAUCAUGAAUUACGCCAUGGAGGAUACACAGAACACUUCCCCAGGCGACGUGCCACCAGCUCAAGCUGCCAAACUUGCUCCCCGCAAAGGGCCCGAUGCUCAGAGUACCACGAAACGUCUCCAAACAGAGUUAAUGCAGCUCAUGACCUCUGCCGCCCCUGGUAUCUCCGCUUUCCCUUCCGCAGAUGGCAAUCUUCUUUCCUGGACCGCGACGAUCGAUGGACCAGACGACACCCCAUAUGCAUCUAAGCAAUUCAAGUUAUCCUUUGCGUUUCCAUCCAACUAUCCCUAUGCGCCACCAACCGUCCUUUUCAAGACUCCUAUCUAUCAUCCCAAUGUCGAUUUCUCCGGUAGAAUUUGCUUGGAUAUUUUGAAGGAUAAAUGGACGGCCGCUUAUAACAUUCAAACGGUAUUGUUGAGUUUGCAGAGUCUUUUGGGCGAACCUAAUAACGCAUCACCAUUGAACGGCGAAGCCGCAGAGUUAUGGGACAAAAACCCCGAGGAGUUCCAGAAGAAAGUUAACGGCCGUCACCAAGAUAUUGAUGACGAAUAGGUUUUAGGGGAGGAGGAGUAUGAAACAUCGUCAUUCAGAUACCCGGCGUCAAUAUGUUUAUGAAUUGGAGAUUGUGCAUAAUGGACUUUGGUCUGUGUCUCGGCUCGAGCAUUGGGUUAUUGCUGCAUUCUCAGGAUAGUACAGGAGGGCGUAGUCCAAUUAGGACUUCGAAGGUUGUAUCCUUAUUUUGGACCUUCAAUCAAUACAAUCAAAAGCAUUGUUAAAUAUUCUUGAUCUCUA